AUGGCCAGUCCGACGACAUCCACCGCACCCAGCGGUCCUACCACAGGCCUGCCUCGCAAUUCCUCCAUCGACAGUGCCAUUUCCGCCAUCUCCUCAAGCGCGCAAGCGAAUAAUACCACUAAUAACCAGGCCAAAUCGGAAGAAAUUGCAAAAUUAAUACAAACCGCCGGCAGCCCCGAGGCCGUCAUUCAGUAUCUGCUCAAAGAGAAGCAAUCUCAGGCACAGCAGAACAGCCAGCUAUGGCGCCUGGUUGACAAGCAGAGGGCCAUGAUCUUGGGGUUGAAUAAAGAUUUGGAGGCAGCCCUGAAGGACAAAGAAAAGUACAGGAAAAAAGUAAAGGAGCUAAUGGCGAGUCCCUUGGUAGUAAAGCCGCCGGGCAGCCAAGAGGAUGAUAAACAGUCAGACACGCACAACGAUGCACGACUUCUACGCCAGGAAGUCGAUUCACCAAAGGAGCCAGUGGUGCCUUUGCCCAACACCCCAAAGCUGGACUCUGAGGGCCAAUUGGGCUCGCCGGUGGACAUGGCUCUAGCUCCCUAUCCAAUCACCCCUCCGGCAGACCGAUCACACGCACCCCCUUCGGCUGUGGCCGAGCUGUUGGAUCCUUCAGAGGAGAUGCCCAAACCCCAGGAAUAUGCUCUGGACCACUAUGACCACGACGCGGAAGAGCAGGCGGCAGACCAGGCGCGGAGAGAUAGAAACAGCGAACAGCUGAAUGAGAUGCCAUACAAUGCCUCCCUGCCUCCGUCGCGCAGCCUGCCAAGCCACCCGCCCAAUAAGCCGCCGCCAAAACCUCCCGCCGCCAAUGCCCCUCCGACAGUGACCAUCAUGGAGCCCACACCACAGCCGGACGAGGGCAUUGGCAAGUUCCCUUCGCCACCGCGGAAGCCUCCCCCUGCGCCUCUUCAGCUCCGGCAGGAGAUCCGGCGCCAGCUUGACUCUCCCACCAUUGAAGACUCUGAUUCCGACUACGACGACGUAUUAGAAGUAGAUGAGAUUAUUCCUGAGAGCCGCGGCCGCCGACGAACGCGCGAGGAAGACGAUCGUGAGCGCGAAGUUUUGGCUGUUCAGGAGGUUGAAGUGCGGAGCGCAUCCAAAAUGGCCGAGGCCGGAAUGGCAGAAGCCCCCAGCUCUUCCACUGUGCCCGCCAGCUUGCAGCCUGGGAUGCCCACCGCAUCUCUGGAUGCGGUUCUGAAUGGGACCAGACCCCGAGAGUUGACUGCUCCCAUCCUCAGCCCUGGCUUGCCUGCCAGCCCCAGGCCAUUUGGGAACCCCAAAAUGACGCUUGGCAAUCCUCCAAUGUCGCCAAGGGGCGGUCCAUUGUCACCACGACCUCCACGACAACCGAUUCCCAUGCCGCCUGGUACGCCCAUGAUCGUGCCGCCCACUGCAUCAUUGAGCGAUGGAAACCCGCUCAAGAGGGCCAUGGAGGCUGGGGACUACUCCAAGGGCGCUUCGAGCCCAGUGGAACGAACUGCCAUCUUUAGAGGGCUUGUGACUGACGAAUACCCCGACCUGCUGCUACCGCCAAACGCGUUGCCUUCCAUCGCCAUAAGAGUCGCGUCGUCCCGCAUGAAGCCAUCCAGAGCAAGUCUCUUGUCGUUGACCCAACUCGAGGAGGACCCGGUCUUUACGCUUGCCAUCAUUUCGCGGGCUGACGGAGGCGAACUUUGGCGCGUGGAGAAGGACUCUGCAUCUCUAGCCAAGCUGGACCAGCGACUGAAGCAGUGUCCUGCUUUUACAGCCAAGACGCCAGACAGGUCAUUGUUUACCGGACAUGCGCCUGCCAAGAUUGAUGCCCGAAGAGCCGUCUUGGACCAAUACAUGGAUGAGCUUCUGAAUACUCCCCUUGACACUAACGCAGCUCUAGAGCUUUGCAAAUAUCUCUCUAAUCAUACCCUGCCUCCUAAUGCUGACGAAACUGGCCAAAUGUACAAACCCAAGGAGGACAACGCAUCGAUUCGAUCGGAUGGUCGACCCACUCGCAAUGGUUAUCUUACCAAGAAGGGCAAAAACUUUGGCGGAUGGAAAUCGCGCUUCUUCAUUCUCAACGGUCCUCUUUUGAAAUACUAUGAGACUCCUGGUGGCGCUCAUCUCGGCACUAUUAAGCUUCAAAAUGCUCAAAUCGGCAAGCAAUCUCAAAACAACGAAGCCAGCACCCCAACGGCCCACAGCAACGACGAGGAACUAGAUAGCCAAUAUCGCCACGCCUUUCUCAUUCUCGAGCCCAAGAAGAAAGACUCCAGCAACCAUGUCAAGCACGUGCUGUGUGCGGAGAGUGACAGAGAAAGAGACAUUUGGGUGGAGAAUUUGCUGCAGUGGAUCGACUACCGAGAUCCUGAGGAUGAACCGCCAGCCACAAGGCCUGUUCAUGAUCGUCAGACAUCUGGAGACCAGAUCAACAAAGCCAAGAAGGGAGGCAAAGCGAACCAGCAACAUCAGACGUCGGGCUCAGACACGCUAAUUGGAGUGAGAUACGACUCUACCCACCCUGGAGACGCUCCGCACCAGGGCAACCAUGGAAACCGACCAAAGACAUCCGGCAGCCAAAGCGAGCAUCACCAUGCGGACUCCCACUCGAAGAUCAUUUCCGGGCCAAAGGACCCUCAGGUGAUUUCGGAUGCCUCCUCGUGGGGAAGCAGAAUUGGCCUGACAGCACCACCUCCGGCACCGGCCCCCUCGCAUGAUGAGAAGAAGCAGAGGAAGCGAAGUUUCUUUGGGUUUGGACCCAAGGCGCGCACUUCAUCUGACGGACAGGAUUCCCUGUUUGGAGGCAGCGAAGGCGGAUCUGGAGCAACUCCGCCACAGAAUGGCUACCACGGCCCUGUUCGCCACGUUUUCGGCGCACCUCUGGCUGAGGCUGUGCGAUACAACCCCCCAGUGGACGUCGACGUGCCGCUGCCGUCGGUUGUCUACCGCUGCAUCCAGUAUCUAGAGGCUCAAAACGCAAUUUUCGAAGAGGGCAUUUUCCGGCUUAGUGGUUCGAAUGUCGUCAUCAAACAGCUUCGAGAGCGCUUCAACAACGAAGGCGACAUCAACCUGGUCACCGACGAGCACUAUUACGACAUACAUGCCGUGGCGUCUCUCUUGAAGUUGUAUCUGCGAGAGCUGCCCACAAGCAUACUGACGAGAGAUCUUCACUUGGAAUUCAUGUCGAUAACGACGGAGAUUACCGACAAGGACGAAAAGAUGGCAGCCCUCAACGAGCUAUCACUGCGGCUGCCCCAGGCCAACGCGACGCUGCUCAAGUACCUGAUUGCAUUCCUGAUUAGAAUCAUCAACAACUCGGACAUUAACAAGAUGACGGUGCGAAACGUGGGCAUCGUCUUUUCACCGACGCUCAACAUCCCGGCGCCCGUCUUUGCCAUGUUCCUCCAGAAUUACGAGGCCAUUUUCGGAGUCGACCCUGAAGAGUACGAGCUGCCUUCCCCCAUCUCUGAGACGGGCAGUCAUGGUCGAUCGGACUCUGUCGGGCGCUUCGAUCCGCCGCCUGGUCGUCCAUCAACAUCAUCCGGGAGCGCCUCUCCGCGCCAUCAAGGAUGGCCGGAAUCCAUCCGAGACCCAGCGAGAUCAACACCGACGCCUCCUCUAUUGCAGAACCUGAAUGCGGCGCGAGGGUCUCCCACUCCGACCGGGGCAGCUCGCCAUAGCUACGAGCCUUCCUAUAUGCUUCACCAGAGCCCUAGAUCAGUCUCUCAGCCAAUACACAAUACUGGCGGCGGGCCAUCAGACGGUCCAGUUGCGCAACCGCCUCACCGAGCCAGCCCGGCAUACGAACAGUCUCUUCUCCCCGUGACGGCAGAGGACCAAAACGGCAAUCUUGCUGCCGCUUCGUUGGCUGGGCGCGGUCGAGACAAUGCCGACACGCCGUCGACGGUGGGCAGCACGCCGCAGUAUCACCAGGCGGAUUAUGCGGGAGCUGGAGGAGCUGGAGCUGGAGCUGGAGGAGCUGGUGUUGAUGCUGGAGGAGCUGCGGGAGGAGACGCUGACGCAGCAGCGGCCGAUGCAAAGAAAUCGAGAGCUUGCGAGGCCUGUCGCGGGCUCAAAGUGCGCUGCGAACCCGAUCCCGUCGACGGCGAGCCCUGCAAGCGAUGCCGCAAGGCUGGCCGCAGCUGCAUCGUCACCGUGCCCACCAGAAAACGCCAGAAGAAGACGGACAGCCGCGUGUCGGAGCUGGAGAAGAAGAUUGACGCCCUGACGGCGAGCCUCCACGCAAGGGCCGGCGUGCCUGUGCCUGGCCUCAACCCGCUGGUUGGACAGCCUCAAUCGCAGCCUCAUCCUCAAUCACAGCAUCGACAACACCAAUCGGACUCUUCCACGGGCGGAUAUCAAGCAGGAGGAGGAGCAGGGACGGUCAGGCCGUGGGGAGGCAUGGAAGCAUCACCAUUGAUGCAGUCGGCAUCGACACCUCCCACGCGAACACCACAAGACGACGUCUCGACUUUCCAGCCGCCCAUCGUCAUGGCCGGCCAGAAGCGAAAAGCAACAGCUGACCGUGAUUAUACCCUCGGACCCGACGACCACAGCCACAAGGCCCUGACGCCGUCGACAAGCUGGUCCGGCUUCUCCAGGCCUACCGAAGGCGACAUUGUCGACCGCGGCCUCAUCACGAUGGAACAUGCCACGGGGCUGUUCAACAAGUACAAGGAGCACAUGGUGCGACACCUGCCGGCCGUCGUGUUCCCGCACAGCGCCACCGUCAUGGAGCUGCGCAAGACCAAGCCCACGCUGUUCCUGGCCAUCAUGGCGGCGGCCACGGGCGAGAACCACUCGCUGCAGCGCGUCCUGCAAAAGGAGCUGAUGCAGCUGUUUGCCGAAAAGGUCAUUGUCACGGGCGAGAAGAACCUCGAGCUGGUCCAGGCCAUCCACGUCGCCGUCAUCUGGUACUGGCCGCCCGAGCACUUUGAGGAGCUCAAGUUCUACCAGCUCAUCCACAUUGCCGCCGUCAUGGCCAUCGACAUUGGCCUCGGCAGAAAGGGAGGCUCGAGACGCGGCCCUCCUCCCUUUCGCCGCAACCCGCCGCCCGAUUCCUCCAGCAUCGAGUGUCGCCGGACGUGGCUGACGUGCUUCUUCCUCGCCCUCAACACGUCCAUGUCGCUGCACCGCCCCAACCUCAUCCGCUGGACGCCCUUUAUGACCGAGUGCCUGGAGAUUCUCGAGACGUCGCCCGACGCCGCGCCCACGGACAAGUACUUUUGCCACUUGGUGUGGACGCACCGCCUGGCCGAGGAGGUGGGCUCGCAGUUUUCGCUGGACGAUCCGUCGACGCUGGUGAAUAUCACGGAUGCCAGGACGCAGUAUGCGUUGAGGGCCUUGGAGAGGGACCUCGACAAGUACAUUGCGUCGAUUCCCAAGAAUCUGAUGCAGCUCAAUCUCUAUAUGCAUGAAAUGGCCCUUCACUCAGAUACCAUGUCCGACCAGUGGCGACCCCCCUUCAACACCGACGCCCUCAAAGACGGCAUCGUCAACUCCGAGCCCCUCUCCGCAGCCCACAUCAACGCCCUCUCAGCAUGUCUCACCGCCAUCGACGGCAUCUUCAACACCUUUUUAUCCAUGGACGUCCUCAGCAUCCGCUGCCUCCCCGUCUUCAACUUCAUGCGAGUCGCAUACGGCGUCGUCAUCCUCAUCAAGAUGUACUUUUCUGCGUCCAGCCCGGGCUCGGAAAUGGGCAAAGUCAUUCACAAGGACAACAUGCGCGUCGAGUACUACCUCGAGGCCCUGCUCGACAAGUUCCGCGCCACGGCCGCAGACAACAAGUGUCGUCCUGCUGCAAAGUUUCUGGUCGUGUUGGCUAUGCUUCGCAGCUGGUUCUUCAAGCAAGGCAAGGAAGGAGGUGGCGGUGGCGGAACAGGAUCUUCUGAAGAUGCUCAGGGCACACAGCAGCAGCAGCAGUUACAACAACAAUUACAACAACAGCAGCAGCAGCAACUACAGCCGCCUCAGCAACAAUCUCGACAACAAAUUGUCAACACUCCGCUACAACUCUUGUCCGAAGUCGCAACCACCGGCCGAGACGGCAGCGGAGGUGCGGCAGCCCACAUCUUCGCCGGCCUCAACGGCGCCAACAGACAUCACCCCCAGCCCUUCUUCCACGACUCCGUCUCCUCGACCGGCACACCGCCCGCGUCCGUAUCCAACGCCUCCUCCUCCAUGCCUCAGCAGCAGCAACAACAACAAAUCCCGGGCCCUUCCCCCUCGUCCACGGAUCUCGAUUCCGCCAUGGCGCCGGCUUUCCCGCCCUGGAUGUCUGCCGCUCAGCCCAUGGUCCCCACAGACUUGGACGUGGGUUCCAUGCCGACGAAUUUCGACAUUGAGGGCUUGAAUCUCGCGGCUUCAGAUUUGUCGGACAUGUACGAGAGCGGAGCAAAGAUUGUCAUGAACGAGCCUUGGUUUACGGAUGCUUUCCAGGGGCUACCGGACCCGAAUCUAUUCCCCUUUUGA